UGCAUUCAUGGCUGGAAUCACUGGGUUGAUCACCGGAUUCGAACCUGCGAUCUUUCGGUCAGCAAGUUCAGCAGCUCAGCGCUUUAACUUGCUGCACUACCGCAUUUAGCAAUUACCAGUUAACGAAUGAUAUUUAUCACCCAGGAGCAAAAGUAGUGUUACAUAGUGUUGUUAUUUGCUGAACGUGUCGCCCGGUGGGGAGAUAUUCAUGACUUGCAUUAAGCAAAUAUCUGUGCCAAAUUUGGUCCAGUGAAUGAAAACACAUUCUGCGUAUCGGAUAUUUGCAUUACGAUUCACAAUAGUAGCCAAGUGACAGUUACGAAGUUGCAAGGGAAGUCAUAUUAUGGUUGGGGGUCACCAUAACACGAGGAAGCGUACUAAGGGGUCGCGGCAUUGGGGAGGUUGAGCAGCAUGGCUUUAAAGGCCAGGGAUGGGAAGGGCUGGGUCUUGCUUCCCCCUCCUCUAUUUGCAUGCGUCCCUCCGAUGCAAACAGGCCUGGGUUGGGCAGCCGGGUGUAUAAAUAUCCCCGGAGUGAUGUGAUCUUUCCAGCGGCUAUUAAUAGGGCCCCCUCUUCCCCAGAGACCCGCGGUGUGGCCGGCACUUAAAGGGACAGGGCGCCCUGGAAAGGACUCCCUCCAUGGACCGGUCAAGCCACCAUGUGCCUCCCACAGCAAGUCCAGGAGGCAUCUUUGGCCCUUGAGGUCCAGCUAGCCAAGCAGGGAUGGUGGUCAAGCAGGAGGCGGAGGCCAUGGGCUUGUUGCCGCCGGCCGAAGGGGUGAGACCCCCUCUAUGGGUGCCCUCCUCCCUGUGUUGCUCCAGGAGGCAGGACGAGCCCGGCCGGAGGGCAGGGAAGGAGCCUUUCCCUCGGAGGGACGCUUCCGCCGCAGGGGCCCGGGGUCUCCUCUAGAGUCGCGGCCCGAAGCCCCAGCCAGUCCAAUGCACCCCGACAAUAAACUGACCAGCCAUGGAAAGACGACAGGUAACGGCCCGGGCGCCCCCCCCUCCUCCUCGCAGCCCCACCACGUGAGCCACAGCCCCACCUGCAACCUGGGCGCCAAGGGCGGAGGCGGCGGAGGCGGAGGCAAUGGCGGCGUCGGCGGCAAGGUCGGCAACCCCGGCAGACUGAAAAGCGGCCCCGCUGCCUUUGGGGCCGCCAAGGGCAAAGCCAAGCGGGAGAGGAGUGUCUCGGUGGACUCGGGAGAGCGGCGGGAAGCCGGCCCGGCGGCCACCGCGCUGGACAAGGAGCCGACAGGAGAAGUGGCCCCUCGGAGCAAGCGGCGCUGCGUCCUGGAGCGGAAGCAGCCCUACAGCGGGGACGAAUGGUGCUCUGGACCGGACAGCGAGGAGGACGAGAAGCCGCUCGGCGGCGGUGGCGGCACCCACAACUGUAACGCAGCAGAGUCGGCAAUGAGCGCUGGCUCCCAGCUGGGCCCCGGAUCCAACGCGCUGCCAGCCCUGAGCGAGAGCAACGCCGCCGGCCCAACGCACAGCAGCGGACCGGGUCUGCGGCCGGACGCCGGCAACGGCGGAGGGAAGCCGCCGCUCCAGUUUGUCUAUGUCUUCACCACGCACCUGGCCAACACGGCCGCCGAGGCUGUCCUUCAGGGCCGGGCGGACUCCAUCCUGGGCUACCACCAGCAGCAUGUGCCCCGGGCAAAGCUGGACCAGGCUCCCCUCCCGAAGGUCCAGCCUCCCGCGGAGCCGCUGCCCAUCACGCCGUCGCCGGUCGGGACUCCCCACGCGCCGCCCAGCAGCCAAGCCCAAGGCCCCCCACCGCCACCUCCUCCUCCUCCUCCAGGAACGCCCUCCCAGCCCCCGGCGGCCCCCGCCCUGCAGGCCCUGGGACAAGGGCCCCUCCCCCAGGAGGGCCCUGCUGAGGACGGCUGCCGGGAGCUGACGCCCAACUCCGUGGGGAACUCCGUGGGGAACUCAGUGGGGAACGGCAGCAACGGCGGCGCAGCCCCCGGGGGCACCCACCCCAACACACCCACCGCCCCUGGCCCCGUGCCCUCCGGGGGGACAGACAGCCUGCUGGGUGAGGGGCCCAACCCCGGGGCGCUCUCCACCGGGAACGGGCCCCGCAGCGCCCUCAACACAGAAGGACUCUCCAAGGAGCAGCUGGAGCACCGGGAGCGCUCGCUGCAGACCCUGCGGGACAUCGAGCGGCUGCUCCUGCGCAGCACAGAGGCCGAGCCCUUCCUCAAGGGGGGGCCCAUGGGCGGUGACGGGGGGCCACUCCCCCCACAGGGUGGGCCUCCCCCGCAGCCCCCCCAGGCACCCCCUCUGCCUCCCCCGGGGCCCGGCCUGAAGAAGUACGAGGAGCCCCUGCAGUCCAUGAUUUCGCAGACCCAGAGCCUGGGGGGGCCUGGGCUGGAGCCGGAGGGGCCGCCGGUGCCCCCCGGCGUGGACAUGGGGCAGCAGAUGAACAUGAUGAUGCAGCGGCUGGGCCAGGACAGCCUGACGCCGGAGCAGGUGGCCUGGCGCAAGCUGCAGGAGGAGUACUACGAGGAGAAGCGCCGCAAGGAGGAGCAGGUGGGCAUGCACGGCGGGCGGCCCCUCCCGGACAUGAUGCUCCCCCAGCCCAUGGGGGGCAUGAUGCUGCGCGGGCCCCCGCCCCCAUACCACAGCAAGCCUGGAGAGCAGUGGCUCCUGCGCGGCGUGCCCAUGGAGAUGCAGGAGCAGCUGCAGCUCCGCCCGCCCUUUCCCGGGCCCCGUUUCGCGGGGAACCAGAUGCAGAGGGGCUUUGGCGGCAUGCAGAACCUGCCCCUAGAGUCUCUGGGCCCCAUGGGCCCCAUGCAGCGCCCGGCGAGGCCCGGCAUGACCUGGAGCGAGGAGAUGCCCGGCAACUUCGGGCCUGGGAAUCUGCCGUACCCGCCGCAGAGCGACGCCGAACGUUUCCUGACGCCACGCGCACGGGAGGAGAUGCUGCGGCACCAGCUGCUGGAGAAGCGCCAGGGCGGGAUGCAGCGCCCGCUGGGGAUGGAGAUGGAGCGCAUGAUGCAGACGCACCGGCAGGUGGAUCCAGCCAUGUUUGCUGGGGAAGGGCUGGGCAUGGAGUUUGGGGGGUCGCGGGCCAUGCUGAGCCCUCCCCUGCGGGACAUGGAGCCGGGCCUGGGCCCCCCGGGAAACCUCAACAUGAACAUGAACGUCAACAUGAACAUGAACAUGAACCUGAACGUGCAGAUGACUCCUCAGCAACAGCAGAUGCUGAUGUCCCAGAAGAUGCGCGGUCCUGAGAUGAUGCCGGCAGAGGAGAUGGGCCGGGUGCGGGCCCCGAAUGGCACUCCGGCCAUGAUGGGCAUCCCCCAGAAGAUGAUGAUGGGCUCCCCGUUCCCCGGCCAGGGGGGGCCGCCCCAGCCGCAGCCGCCGUCCCAAGGCUUCCCCGCCGUGCAAGGCCCCUACCCUGCCGUUCCCCAAGAGAUGGGGGGCACUCUGGACAUGUUCGGCCCAGAGCCGGGCGGCAUGGGGAGCACCACGCGGCUCACCCACAUCCCGCUGCCGACCGCCUCCGGACCUCCCUCCGGGAACAUGCGCAACCUGGGCCGGCGGCCCUCCGACCUGUCCCUCAACAUGGGGCAGAUGCACUCCCCCGGCAUGGGCCGCCUCAAGUCCCCCACCCUCGGCCAGGUCCACUCCCCGCUGGGUGCCUCCCCCUCGGCCAGCCUCAAGUCCCCGCAGACGCCCUCCGCCUUGGCCGCGCUCCCACCCGCCGGCACCACCAGCGCCCCACUCAAGUCGCCCCAGGUGCUCAGCUCCGUGCUCAGCGUCCACUCGCCCUCCGGCUCCCCCGGACACCUCAAGUCCCCGUCCAUGGCGGUCCCGUCUCCGGGCUGGGCGCCCUCCCCCAAGAACGCCCUCUCCAGCCCCGGCAUCGGGCAGAGCAAGCCGGCCCUCGGGAUGAGCAACUCCGUGCCCCUGGGCGGCAUGGAGCAAGGUGCCGUGCCCCCCGGGCCUCGGAGCAGCUCCUCGGCCCCCCCAAGCAACGCCGCCGGGCCCCUGAACCCCAACCUGCCUUUUCCUUCCUCCCCAGAUCCGCCCCCGUCCCAGAACCCCUUGUCCCUCAUGAUGUCCCAGAUGUCCAAGUACGCCAUGCCCAGCUCCACCCCGCUCUACCACAACGCCAUCAAGACCAUCGCCACGUCCGACGACGAAAUGCUCCCCGACCGGCCCAUGCUUCCGCCCGGCACCAUGGCAGGCUUGGGAAGCAGCCAGCCCCCCAACCAGAUGCACCUCAACUCCGUGGGGCCACCCCCCUCCCAGAGCCCCAUGAGCAUGAACCUGCCGGGACAGCAGCCGCUUUCCCACGAGCCCCCGCCUCCCACCAUGUCCUCGCCGAGCCCCUUGGGUGCCAACCUCCCCAUGCACGGCAAUGUGCCCCCACAGAACCCAAUGAUGAUGCCCUCGGGGCCCCAGGAGUGCGGCCCCCCCGGCCAGAUGGUGUUCCCCCCGCGCCUCCAGCAGCCCCCCAGCAAUGGCGGUGCCGGCAUGCCCAUGGGCCCCGGAGGAGGAGGCGGAAGUGGCAGCGGCGGCGGUCCGGAGUUGCCGCAGCACUACCCGCCCGGCCUGGGGCUGCCCCCCGAGGAGCAGCCAGGACAGAUCCCCCCUCCGCCGCCACAGCCGCAGCAGCGCAUGACCGGGAGGCUGCCGGAGCCCUACCCGCCCUCGGUGCUCCCCGGGGUGGCCUCGGUGCUGAACGACCCGGACCUGAGCGACGUGAUCCGCCCGACGCCCACCGGCAUCCCCGAGUUCGACCUGUCGCGCAUCAUCCCUUCGGAGAAGCCCAGCAGCACGCUGCAGUACUUCCCCAAGGGAGAGGGCCCCGGGGGGGUGCCCAAGGCCCCGCCGCCCCCCUCCAACCUGCACCUCAUGAACCUGCAGAACAUGAUGGCGGAGCAGGUGCCGGCCCGGCCUGGCCCCCAGGGCAUGCAGCGUGGCAUGGGCCUGUGCCACCCGGGACAGGUGCCCAUGCUGGGCAGGACAGCCCUCCCGCCACAGCAGCAGCAGCAGCAGGCGGCCAUGCUGGGCGGGGGCGGCAUGCACCAGGCCAUGAUGCUGCCCCAGCAGAACCUCCUGGCCCAGCAGAACUUCCUGCUCAUGCAGGCCAAGCAGCGGAGCAUGUCUGUCUCGGGGGAGAUGUACCCGCAGCCGGGCGGGCACAUGAUGUCCCCGCAAGGCUCGCUCAUGGGCCCCCCGCCCCAGCAGAACCUCAUGCUCUCCCACCCCAUGCGCCAGCGCAGCGUCUCCCUCGACGGCCAGAUGGGCUACGGACCGGGCGCCGGCGGCAUGGCCAACCUGCCCUUCUGAGCACCCCAAGGGACCCUUCUGCCGCAGGAGUGCAUUGUGCUGGCUUCAUCCCUGCCCCGGCACAGAGUUUGGUUUGAAUCUCUCCUCCGAGUGCAAAUUCCUCUCCUUUUCUCUUGUUUUUGAAAGAAAAAAAAAUGCAACCAAAAUGUGCAAGAGGGUUCGGAGCAGCUGUAAAUAGCAGGGAGCAACAGCGAAAGAGUUGCUGGCUUGGAUUUGUUUGUAUUUCUGUGUUUUAAUAGAAGCCUCAAAAUAACCUGUUUUGGGAAGAAACGAGCAGACAAAAAAAAUGCAAUCUGUUAAGAAAGUUAAGUUUGGGGAAUCCCCGGGGCCGGAGGGCACGGCUGCCUUGUCCCACCCUUAUCCCCAGUGUUCAAAUCUCUCUUUGUGGCAAGUCAGUGGCCCUCCCUGCCUCCACCCCAUGCCCCCCACCACCAGCCCCCAGCCUCUGUAUGUCUUUGGCCCCAAACCAUCUUGCCACGCCACCCAAUUGGCUCCUUGGUUCACAAAGGCUCACCACAGCGGGUAUGCCGUGUGCAAUAACAUGCUUGGGUUGUGGCUGGGCUGCUGGUGCUGGUGCAGCAGGCAUAACUCACGGUUACGUGUGCAUGUGUCUAGUUUUGAAUGUGUUUGAGGGGAAGGGUGAAAUUGGACUCUCCAUGACGGAUGUCACCCAUUUGAAGGAGGACGGGAAGGAGGAAUGUGGGGUUCCCUAGGUGUAGGACAGUGGUUUCGUCAUUGCUUGGGCAGCCUUGUCUCCCAGGAGAAAGAGGGAAGCAUUAAACAUCACGCAGCAUGGAGACAUUGGGAAGAGGAGAUGCAUGGAACCAAGUCCUUCCCUAUUUGGUCUCCACUUGCAUUGCACCUCUUAGUAUGUGGGCCUUAUUGGUCCCAUUGAACCCACCUUUGCUAUCAGGGAUGUGUGGCUGCUCUUCCACCUUCUGCAAGUGUCGCUUGCACUCCUUUGUCUCCUUAUCUUAAGAGGCAAGAAUAGCAGCAUCCCUCCUGUUGCAUCGUCCUUCCGUUCUCUCUCUUUCUCUGCCAAGGUUUGUGCUGGUCAGUGGACAACACAAUGCUCAGCCCUCCGGCGAGUGAGUCUGCCAAUAUGGGUAUUACUCCAGACCAGGCAUGGGCAAACUUGGGCCCUCCGGGUGUUUUGGACUUCAACUCCCACCAUUCCUAGCAGCCGGUAGGCUGCUAGGAAUGGUGGGAGUUGAAGUCCAAAACACCCGGAGGGCCCAAGUUUGCCCAUGCCUGCCAUAAGGCAACCUGGCAUACCGGAUCUUCUGUAAUUUCCCAUAAAUUCCCAUUCGACGUUAUCAAAUGCUUUCUCAGCAUUGAGAAAUGACAUCGAACGAGAUUGGCCUGUCAUUCUUCACUUGUUCCGGAUCUCUAUCUUGUUUUGGGAUUCGGUCCAUGUGUGUGGGGAGGGGAGAAGGUCCUGUCAUGCACCCAAUGGGGAGGGGAAGUUUGUCCAUGCCUGCUUUAUAGGAUCUUCUGUAAUUUCCCAUGCAUUCCCAUUCAACAUUAUCAAAUGCUUUCUCAGCAUCAAGAAAUGACAUCAAACGGGAUUGGCCUGUAAUUCUUCUUUUGUUCUGGAUCUCGAUCCUGUUUCGGGAUGAGGACUGUGUGUGUGGGGAGGGGAGAAGGUCCUCGCAUUGGCCAAAGGGGAGGGGGAGUUUGCCCAUGUCUGCUUUCUAGGAUCUUCUGUAAUUUCCCAUAAAUUCCCAUUCAACGUUAUCAAAUGCUUUCUCAGCAUCGAGAAAUGACAUCGAACGGGAUUGGCCUGUAAUUCUUCACUUGUUCUGGAUCUUAUUUCAGGAUGAGGACCAUGUGUGUGGGGAGGGGAUAAGGUCCUCUCAUUGGCCCAAAGGGGAGGGGGAGUUUGCCCAUGCCUGCUCCGGACCCAUAAGCAGUUGUUCCUUUGUGCUUGCCUCCACACCUAAUGAGAUAGGAGGUUGAGGAGGUGUUUUGGUGGCAAGUGGAAGUUUGGCGCAGUUGCCUCCAAAGUCAAAGGGAAGUAAUGGGUGGCUCGGCAUCACCGUGGUGCCUCCUUCCAUCCGGCAAUGGGGUGCCCCAUUGGCUUCAACUUGGCCGGGCAUACGUUGGCUCGGUCCUGACUCUCCUCGCCUUCCUUCUCUCCUUCGCCUUGCGCUCUGAAUGUCGUCCUGUCUCGUGUCUCUUGUACUUUCUUGCUCGGCUCUCUGGCUUGAGUGGCGUCUGCUGAGGUCUGCCUGGUCUUCCUCCUCGUCUUCCUCUUGUCUCCGGCCACAAUGGCACCUGCUCCUGGUGGGAUUCGGGGCCGCGUCCUCUCAUCCGGCGGCUGCGUUUUCGUGCCCCGGCCCACCCUUGCCACCCCACGGAAAGGGACGGGGAAAGACCCCCCCAGCCCCCCACACCCCAUGCAUUUUGUACCAUUCUAUAAAUAUAUAUAUAUAAAUAUAAAUAUAUAAAUACGAUAUGUGAAGACAUCUUAUCGGUUUUUAUUUUGAAAUGAUUUCUAGGCUUUGGUUUUUUUUUUGGGUAUCUUGUGCUGCCUGUAACGUAUUGAUUGACCUGUUUUAUAGGUGCCUUUUUAUUAAAAAGAGACAUUUCAAAAAAAAAAA